UUGACUAGGACGUGCAACAGACCCAGCGCCGUGAGCCUGCGCAAAGGAGCUCUCAAAUCUGGCCGUCACCUGUAUUGAAAAGUUUUAUCGUGUAUAAUAUAAAGUGGGGAUUCGUGAGAUUAUGGACGCCCCCUAGUAGCAUGCGUGCGUCAGAGAACGUAGCGUCUUGCACGUAUACACUGUCAAGCCGAAAUCGCGGUGUUAGUUACAGACUGGCAACAAAUCGAUGUAAACAAGUAUAAUAAAGAUGGUGACGAUCAGUGGUUUUUUCUUCGUGACAAAUUAUCGCGAAUGAACUUUUUACAUGAUUUUUACAUACUGUACGGACAGAAACGGAGCUAAUUUUGAUCUACUGUCACGAUCAUCGAAACAUGCUGUUUUCAGUAAAGGUAAUUACUUACAAUAAUAAACAUAAACCGAUAAUAAAUUGUGAAAAAAUAUAUUGGAAUGAAUUUGGUUGGGAUAAACUUUUAUUGGUUUUUUGUGAAUUUGUUAUCAUGUGAUAUGCUUUCUUUAUCAGUUUGAAAAUAACGUGCAAAAUGUUUAGUUUUCAUAAGCCAAAGGUGUAUCGAUCUAGUACUGGAUGCUGCAUUUGCAAAGCCAAAUCCAGCAGCUCAAGGUUUACAGAUAGUAAAAAGUAUGAAGAUGAUUUUAUGGAAUGCUUUCAACUUGAGGAAAGAAGAACUGGAGAAAUUUGUAAUGCAUGUGUACUUUUGGUAAAAAGAUGGAAAAAAUUACCUGCAGGAAGCAAUCGUAAUUGGAGACAUGUUGUAGAUGCACGUGCAGGACCUGGUAUCAAAUCGUUGACAAAAUUUAAAUCAAAAAAUAAAAAGAAAAUGAAAGAUAUACCAGAAAAGUUUGAAAAGAUCAUGAAAAAGAAACACAUGUAUUUGAAAGCAGAUAGAGAUCGAGAACAAAGCCCAGCAAUGAGUGAUGAUUUAACAGAAGAUUAUUUGAAUGGAAAUGGUAGUAAAGGUUCAAGUCGAGUUGGUAGUCCUAUAGAUAGUGAUGAUAUUCAAGUAACUGAAAAACAAUUAGAUAUCCAAGAUGAUGCAGAAUCAAAGGAUGAUAUAACUGUCAAUGGUUUUAUUGAUUUAACAUAUUUCAAAAGGGAGAUCAUUUGCUGUGGAACAAUAUUCAAAGGUCCAUAUGGAGAAGUAAUAGUGGAUCCUUCAUUGAUAAAGCCUUGUAUAGGUUGUAUAGCUAGACAACAGCGACAACAACAAACGAAUGCAUUAAGUUGCAGUCCUGUACAUAGUUCUGCAUCUGCCAGUCCUGUUCACAGUUCUGCAUCUGCUAGUCCUGCUCAUAGCGUAGAGUCUGGUACAGAGGCAACAGUCUCUAAGCAAACAGGCAAAACGUUUAGUGACUCAUCAUCUGAUUCCGGUUACGAUGAAUCUUCCAACCAAGGAGUUGGUGAGAGUAAAAUUACCAAAAUUAUUCAGAAUGCAAAUGCUACUGUAAAACCAGCAGUUAAAAUACAACCAUUGAAAAGUGUUCAACUAAAAGCUAUACCAGUAUCGGAAGCUGUCAGGUUAAAAACAGAUGUGCCAAUUAAGUUGGUACCUAUAAAACAAAUCGAUCAAUUAUCUUGUAAGCCAUUGUCUUUAGUUUCUUCUGCUAAUGUUACUUUAAGCAGUAGUACUUCACACUCCAUCGUUACCGUCCCAAGUAAUCCACUUGUCGAUUUUGCCAUGCACGCAGCCUCCUCCAGGCAAUCAGUCUCUAAUUAAUGUCAGUCUCUUAUAGAAUUUUAAUUUAUUUUUUUCUUAUAUAGUUAGAUAUAUGCUACGAUGGAAAAUUGUGUGUUAUGUAUGCUAUUAUUACCAUCCCAGGUUACAAAGGCUCUGGAUAAGAUUGUUUAAGUUUUAUCAUAUCGAGCAUAGUUUAUAAUGUUAUAAAUGGUGGCAAAAAUGAAUUCUUAUAAUUAGAAUAACUGUUAUGAUGUACAGUAGAUAGAUAGUGCUCUUAGGGAUGGUUGCGUAGGAUUCAUGUCCUUGAUCGUUGGUUAUUAAAAAAUAUAUAUAUAAAUAUAUAAUUAUAUAUAUGAUAUUGUCUUUAUGGACGUGAAUUCUUAAAUUGUAUUCCACGUCUGUUAGAUGAUUUUUAAGAAUGAUAAUUGAAGAAGAGCACAAUGUUUCUACUGAAUACCGUUUGUAGCAUAUACAAAAUCCUCAUAAACUGCCAUGCAUUAAUUGUUAACUCUCCACAAAUGAUUUUCAAAUGUGGAAAGUUAUCAAUUAUUUUAUAAGUUUAAUAAUUAACUACAUACAUCAAAAUACUGUGAUGACAUCGUAAUGUAAUGUGAGAUAUAAGAUUAUUAUUCAGGCAAGUGGCAGUUUAUACUAUCUUCGUCUUAAGCAUUAGUUAAUGUACUCUAUGGUAUACAAGUUUUCUUAUCCAUAGCUUUUUGUUUUCUGGAUUAUCUAUCAUUGCAAUUGUAUAUGUGAAUAUUUGUGUAGAAGUUCCAAGAUGCCAAUCACGUUUCAAACAUUUGGGUCCAAAAAUUUUAAAAAAGAAUUCACUUAGGGUCAUGAUAGCUACAUUGUACCAGAUGCAUUUGAUAUGAUCCAUAUAAAGGUCCAUGACGUUAAGAUUAAGUAAUUCAACUUAAGAAACGAAUGUGUUCAGGUACUGUAAAUCCUGACCCACUAAUAGCAAUAAUAUGAAGAGUAACUUUAUAAUAAAAUAAAUGAAGUCUGUUGAAUAGCAUCAUAUCAAUAUGAUGAUAUAUUUAGGCAGUAUUAUUAGAGAGAAAUUGAAUGAGAAUAUGGCAAUCAGAUUGGCAAACUGGACCAGCAAAACUUUGUUAUAAUAUUUCAGGGUGACUGCAGCAUUAAAAUAAAAACAAUUGAUUAAUAGCAGAAUAACGACAUAUGGAGUAAGAAUAAUGCUAAGUAAGUGAAAACUGUUAGUUCCUAGUUUUCAAAGAUGGGCACAUAACCGAACAAAAGCACAUAGAAGUACCUGUUGAAAACAGAUUUCUGUGAUUAUUGGAACAUUGUUUUCUAUUUUUUUUUUUCUUUUUCUUUUUCUUUUUUCUCCUUUUUUUGAUCAAUAGAUAAUCUUAUACGCACAAUGAUUAUUCAAAUCGAGAUAUAUAUUUAUUUAACCCAGGAGUUAUUACGAUUUUUUUAGAAACAUAUUUUAUAAGAUACAUCUAAAAUAACAUGUAAAUUCAAUAUUACAAAAAAAAAAAAGUAGCAAUUCUUCAUUUCAAGUUAAAAUAAUCUUAAUCAUGAAACCAAAGAUGUGUGAAAGAUAUGUAUUUAUUUUAUAUUUGGGACAGAUAACCCGAUGAAUAAUAUAAAUUUUUAUUUGAAUAUAUUAAUUGACUGUAGAAUCAGAAUUGAAAUUACACAUGUGCAAUACGUAGCAAUUGUUUUUAUAUAACACUAUGCAUGAUACAAAGUUUUUUAUUUAAAUCAAUUAAAUUUUAAUAAUAAUUUACUUCUGGGAUAGUAGCAAUUUUUAUAAUAUUUCUCUCACACAGGCAUUUGGUUUAAAAUUUUUUAAUGCCGCGUUUUUGCUGCCCAUCUGGCUUAAGCUCAUUGACAAUCGUUAUUUAACAAGGAAACGAUAACAGUUUUUCAUAUAGAAUCAAACAUCGAAACUAUGAUUUGUAUAAGGACAACGUUGAUGACUUUGUCCUUUUACAAAUUUUAAUUGUACAUUUUUUUGGACUAGGAGACUUUAUGAUCUCUUUACUGUGAAUAUUAAUAACUAUGUUUUUGUUGUAACUCACACGUUAUGAUUUAUAUAAUAAUUAAUAUAUGUCACAAAGAAAGGUUGGAUCAUAGGUUAAUAAAUCAUAUGUAAUUAAUAAUAUAUAUUGAAUUUUUAAAAAGCGAGAAUAAAUUUUAGAACUUAAGAGCUCAUAUUACAAUUAAGAUUUCUAUAAUAUACUCGUUCAACUUAUAGCAUAUAAUUUUUUAAAGUGAUCUUUAUAAACUUUCUAUGAUCCUUCCUUAAAACAAAUAAGAAAUACUUGUUUAAUUUAUUUAUUUCGUAAGUUUAUUUACUUGCAAUAUAUGCUAUUCCGUUUUUCUAUAUAAAUUUAUAUAUAUUUUUAUACAAAUUAAUCUCUGCUUUUUAUGGAAUAAACUUUCUGUAGCACUGCCAGAAAAGAGGGACACAAAGAGGAACAUUUGAUUCCAGGUCAAUCUGCUGGCAAUAUUCAAUGAACUAUUUAUUUUCAAUUAGCUUACAUAUAUAUAUACAUAUAUAUAAUAUAUAUUAAUCUAUUAUUGAGUUAUUUACAUCUUAAGAGAAGGAAAUUAUAAAUGGUGCCCACAGAUUGAUUAAACAUUAGGAAAAUAUUAUAAAAUAAGCUUACGUAAGAAAAUUUUGUAACAAAUGCAAAAAUGGUCUCUUGUUUAAAGUAACAUAAUUACGUGAUACAUAAAGAAUAUAAAUAAUUGUGCGUUUUUUAGUGAAAAUGUGAAUGAUAAAUUAAAACUUUAUUCAUUACAAAGAGUAUAUAUGAUAUAACGUACAAGCAGCUAUUAAAGAUGAUAUUACAUGCUAUCUGUUGUAAAUAGCUGCAUAAAAACAUCAAAUUGUGUUACGUAGCACAGUGAUGUUGCAUUCAAAAUUUUAAAAAGUAUUUAAUUUCCAAUUCUUCAGAUGUCUCUUGAAAAUAGAACUAAAUGAAAGGAAAAACAAUCGAAAUUUCUAUGCAUUGCUAUCAUGUAAUUUGAAUUUGAUGUCCCUUGGCACAGAGAAAUAUAGUAAUUGAAAUACAUUUAAUAUGUUUUGAUUUAAAGCAAAUCUCGAGGAAAUUUUUAAACGGUAUAGUUUGUGAGAUUUAUUGGAACGUCUUGUAAAUAUGUCGCGAGAAUUCGAAAAUGAUGUACUUAAAAAUUUUAUUCGUCUUCCUAAGCGAUUUUUUUUUAAUUACAAUUAAUUAUAAAUUAUUGUCUACUAUUGAGACUACUGGUAAACUAUUCAUUCUGAUAAUUACAAACCCAAAAAUUGAUGACCAUUUAUCUCGAGAUUGAUUUCUUCAUCAUUUCAAUAAAUCUUACAAAUCAUAGUUAUUUUUCAAGAGAACGAAGGCAUCACGCAAGUCUCUUUAAUGUACAUCGCUCGAAAUUUAUAUGUCAAUUUUCUUCUGUUGUGCAAAAGUACAUAAUGGGAAAAGGCUUUUGAAAGAAUAAAGGAAAAUCAAACCGUGAGAGAAAAUUGACAUAAAUUACUGAUUUUUAUACGAAGAUUUUAUUACACACAUAUAUACAUUUGCAUCGUUUGAAUACAUCGUGUACGUUAACAUUGGAAAAUGUGUAACAAAAUAAGAAGAAACUAUUACGAUCUAUAAUAUUCGAAGAAACAUGUGAUUUUGACAAAAGAACUGCGUGACUUUGGCGAAUCGUUAUUGUCGAUUUGCAUUACUUCUUUUCACGAUCGUAUUUCACAAAAAUGUCCCUUGAAAAACAAGAACUGCUAAUUGAUUAAUUGAGCGAGAGGGAGAGAGAGUAAGAGCGCGUGAGCGAGAGAGAUACAAAACAAUUAAAAAAAAAUGGUGCAAGUAUUUUACUACAGUGACCUGGCAGAUUCCGAUAUUAAAAUAUUUUGCGAUGAGAAACGUAUGAACGAUUCUUCCCGAAGGAAUAUACUGUACAAGCUUCUUUUCUAUAUCGAUCUUUUGUACAACAGAAAUUAUUUAGAGAAAGAAAAAAGGGAAAAACAGAGGAUCGUAGGCGACACAAAAAAUUCUAGAAUCAAUCCUACGAUCCGUACAUAAAUAUUUGUCUGACGAACAAAGAGUGGUCAUUUUCUUUUUCUUUUCUUUUCUUUUUUUUUUUUUUUUUACUGUGAUUCUUUACGUUCGGUAAUUUUAAGUAAUUUAUCGAAGCACGAUAAUUUAUAUAGCUACAUUUAUUUAUAUGCAUAUGCUAAAAGAAAUUAUGGUGCGAUUCUUAGUCUGAAAAUUUUGAGUAUUUUUCGUGCAUCUGCAUUUUUAUUUUUACAAAUUAUAAGCCGGUGUUUCUCCUUAUCUAUAGUUUGUUCCUUCUCAAUCAAUUCCUUUUUUUUUUUUUUUGUUCUUAUUCCUCUUUUUCUUCUUUUUCUUUUUUUUUAUUUUUAAUUAAAUAAGUUUCAUGUAUAGGUACUGAUGUAUCGCAUUAAACUUCUUUUUGUUUUAAAUUCACAUACAUCGAGAGAGAAAGAGACAGACAGAUUAAAAAGGAAUGACAAUUUCGAAGCAUGAUAUAGCAUGGAAAAAUAUAUAUAAUUGUGAUGUACACAAGCUCACGAAAAUAUUCGAACGAUGAUGUAUAUACACAUAUAUAUAAUUGAAGUAGACACAGAUCCUACGGAAUAGAUAAUACAUACAUAUUUUGAAACAGAAUUCAAUGAAAUUUAUAUACAUGUUCUCCAUACAUAAUGAAUGAUUCAAUUUCAAAAUACCUGUUAUAUUAUAGGAUCUGUAUCUAGUACGAUUGUAAAUACACCGUCAUUUGAAUACUUUGUGUGUCCUGUGUAUGUGUUUUAUAAGAAGAUCGAUCUCGCAAGAACGUUUUAGCUGUAUGGUGAUAAUGGUGAUGAUGAUGAUGAUGAUGAUGAUGAUGAUGAUGAUGAUAAUGAUAAUGAAUUGACCAUCGUGAUUGUGCUGCAGCAGAAACAGAGAAAAAAAACUUUUACAUCAAUUUAUUAAAGAUAUAACGAUUGUGAGACUGAUCGAUGUAUUUAGAAGAUAACUUUUAUUUACAUACAACUAUUAGAGAUAGGCGAGAAUAUAUUGUACUAUUCGUGCAUAUAUUAUUAAUGAAAUUCUAAUGAUAAUAAUAAGAAACGAUGACUGCCGCAACAAAUAUAUCUCGUUAUCGCAAUGAUUAUUAUAUACAUACGGUAUGGAACAUUUGUACAUACAUACAUAUAUAUACAUAUAUAUGUAUUUAUAUAUAUGUAUAUAUAUGUAUAUGUAUAUAUAUAUAUAUAUUAAUUUUAGACUAGCAUGUCCAAUUCCAAUCAUUGUACAAUGAUCAUGGAAGUAUUAAAUCGUUGGUCGAUUAUCCCAUGGUUUGUUUCCUUUUAAAACACAGCGCAACUAAUGGGACGGUCGAUUAUUACGAUUGAAGAAAAAAGCAAAGUAUACCACCUUUCGCUAUGUACAACUUUGUAAUAAAACGAUUUUACUUUUAAGGAAUCCAUCAGUCAUGCAAAUUGUAAAAUGAUAACGAUUGUAUACCAUGAAAUUGUCAUGGUGAUUCUUAACGUAGUCCAACGCACAUAUAAUUAUAUUUUAUCUUGAUUGAUUCUUCUUUCUUUUCUUUUUUUUGUAGAAAAAUUUAUAGCUUGAAUAUAGAUUGUAUUUAUACGUA